AUGCAAUUUUUAAUCAGAUCCACAGCACCAAAAUUACCUAUCAAUUUAGAGUGCAUAUUAAGAUAAAACAAAUAAAUUGUUGAACUCAAAAUAUCUGCUAUUCAUCCUGGUCCUGUCGUUCAAUAACAUAUAGACAUCUUUUUAAGUGAUGUCGAAAUGUCAGAAAAAGAUCAUAAACGUUUCAAUUCUCUAGAAGCCAUAGUCAAAUACUCUAUUGCUCAUGAAUAUAUGAGAAUCACUGGUAAAUUAAUCAAUCUUAGUCUUGAAAAAACAUAAGAUCUAUUAUAAUCACAUGAUGUAUUUGACUUAGCAUGUGCUUAUUAAUGGAUUAUUGCAUCAGGACCACAAGAGAGUAAUGAUUUAAUAUUUGAUUCCAACUUGGAUUUAUAAGGUAUAUCCCUCAUUAUGUAUUUAAAUUGUCUAAAUCAAUCUGAAUAAACCUGUUCUAUUGAGAAAAUUAACCAUCAUUUAAAAGUCACAGAUGAUCCAGAAGUUAUUUAUUUAUUACUUAGAUUACUUAAGAAACAUUGUGAUCAGAAUUCAAUUGAAGUUGAAAAAGUUAUCUUAACUAAUCUAGAAAAAAUGGAGUCUUCAUUAUAAGCCAAAUAUUGCUUUUCAGAAUUCAUUAAUGAAUAUUAUGAGAAAUUUGAAGUUGGUUCAUCUUUUAGAGAUUUAUUAUUGGCCAAUAAAUUAGAAGAAUAUCUUCAAAAUCCAAGUCUUAUUUUUACAUAUCAAAGUUAAGAUGAAUAAUAAUAUCCAUUAAUUUUUAAUAGAGAAUCUAAAUAUAUUUACAAACUUGAUAAUUGUGAUAUGUAACAAGAGAUAGAACUCUUAAAAUAAAAUGUAGGUUUAAUAAUAGAGGAGGAAUUUGUUGUUUAGGAUGAAACAAUAUAAGUAAAAGAAUCUGAAUUGAGUAUAUUUGAAUUAAAAUAAAAAAUAAAUACAUUAGAUAGAAAAUUAAAAGAAGCUGAAAAAAAGAUAAUAAUAUAAGAAGAAAAAAUCAGUAAAUUAGAAGAAGAUAAGGAAUUUUUAUUAUAAGAAUUAGAAGAAUCAAGACGUUAAGGAUAAAUAAAUUAUAAUGCCUUUCGUUCAGUAGUAAAUGAAAAAUUAUAAUCAACUUAAUAAUAAUAAUAAUCAACUUAAUAAUAAUAAUCAAAUUAAUAAUAAUAAUAAUAAUCAUCAAAAUAAUCAAUAUUUUUAAGUAAUAAAUAAAAUUUAUUAAAAAAUGCUAAAACAUCUACUUUAAAAGCUUCAGUAAAUUUUGCUAAUAUUUAAUUAAAUAAAUAAUAAUUAGAAUAAAUUUAAGAAGAAAAACAAAAUGAUAAUGAUAAUGUUUCAAAUUUUGAUAAAAAAAUUGAAGAAGUAACAUCUGAAAAAUGUUUAAAUUCUGAAAAAUCUAUUGAUGAUAGUCCUUAAACUCCACUUGAAGCAGUUACACCUCAUUAAUGUAGUCAAGCUAGUCUUUAUGCUAAUUCAUUUGUUCCUCCUUCUCCUCCUCCACCUCCACCACCAACUACUGAUAAAAAAGGACCACCUGCACCUCCUCCUCCACCUUUUGGUAAACCAGGUUUUCCACCUCCUCCACCUCCACCACCUGGAAGCAUAAAAAGUUAAAAGGAAUUAAAACCAAAAUUUGAAAUAAUACCAAUUGAUAUUGCAAUGAAGAAAUGUCAAACUUGGAAUCCAAUACCAAUUAAUAAAGUUGAAGGAACUAUUUGGGAAUAAUUUUAAUAUGAUGAUAUGAAAUUUGAAGUAGGAGAAUUUAUUGAUAUAUUUGCUGCAAAAUCAGCAAUUGAUUAAUCAGUAAUGUAAUCAGCUGUUUUUCAAUCUAUGUUUUUAAAAAAAGAGCCAAUUACAAAAUUAUCAAAAGGUAGUGGACCAAAGGAUCCAAAUAGGGCAUAAGCUAUUUAAAUGGCUUUGAAAAGAGUUAAAUAUCCAAUAGAGGAAAUACUAUAAGCAAUUAGAAUAGUUGAUGAAGAAAAAUUAACAGAAGAUAAGGUGACACUUUUAAUAGAUUGUUUGCCAAAAGAAAAUGAAAAGAAUUUAUGGAAGGAAGAAAAAACAUGGGAUUUAUAGGAAUUACAAUAAAGAAUAGCUGAUUAUAGUGAUGCAGAUAAAUUUUGUAUGUUUGUUAUGGAAAUUAAAUGUUAUGAAGAGAGAUUGAUUGGUUUAAGUGCAAAAUAUGAAUCACUAAAAAAUUAAGUAGUAAUUGAAGAAUUAUUGUUGUUGUUUGAUGCUGUAUUUGAUUAAAUAAAAAAUGAUAAGGAAUUAUUUAUUGUAAUAAAAUAUUUGUUUUAUUAUGGAUCAAUCUUAAAUGGAAAUAAUUAAUCUUAAGGAUUGAGAUUUGAUUGUAUUCCUAAAGUAACAUGUUAUUCAGAUAAAUAGAAGUAAUUUGAUAUUUGGAUGUAUGUUAUAAAGAAAGUAGAAGAAUCUGGAUUUGUGAUUGAUUUGGAUGCUGAUUUAACAAAAUUAGAUACAUUAUCAUAAGAAACUAGAAAGAUGGAUAAUUUGUAUAUAUUUUUGAAACAAUUUGAAUAGAACAAACAAUAAAUAGUUUUGGCUAGAGAUAGUGAUUAAGGAGGUGAUGAUAGAGCAAGAGCAAUAUUUGGUUAACUUUAUGAUGAAAUUGAAUUAUUUGUUAUUGUUUAGAAGGCAAAUCUAAAGAGUUUAGAAAACAAAUAUAAAGAAUUAUGUUAAAUGUUUGGAGAAUCACCAACUAAGCCAACUGAUUAAUUUAUUAAAACAAUUUAUGAAAUCAAAAGAAAAGUAAGAGAAAGAAAAAGAAUAAUUAUAGAAUAAGAAAAUUAGAGAAAAAGAAGACAAGUUAUGGAUGAAAAAAGAAAGACACUAAUUAAGAAAUGA